AUGCACGCACAAACACCUAUACUUUCUGUCAUUUUGUUCCCCUCGCUUACAAAUCGUGCUGUCGAAAACACAAGAGUCGAUGCGAACAAGCACUUUACUACUGUUGCUACCGCUACAACAAGGACUGCUACUAAUUCGCCUCUGCUAAAGCUACUAUUGCCUUCUUCUCCUUGCCGAAGAGAGUUUCUAUCUCCAAUCCAUCCCAGUCCGUUCUUUCCUUGCUAUCUUUCACUGGUCCACAUCAGUCGAGUGUCUCAAAAUCAAUCUAUCUAUCUAUCUAUCUAUCUCAUUCUGUUCACAUCAACCUACCUACCUACCUACCUCAGACUGUUCAUAUCUGUCUAUCUAUCUAUCUAUUUAUUUAUCUCAGUCUGUUCACAUCGACUUACCUACCUACCUCAGUCUGUUCGUAACUAUCUAUCUAUUUAUCUCAGUCUGUUCAUAUCUAUCUAUCUAUCUAUCUAUCUCAGUCUGUACAUAUCUAUCUAUCGAUCUCAGUCUGUUCAUAUCUAUCUAUCUAUCUAUCUAUCUAUCUAUCUAUCUAUCUAUCUAUCGUUCUCAGUCUGUUCAUAUCUAUCUAUCUAUCUAUCUAUCUCGGGGAUGAAUCAGCUAGUCGUCAUGCAAUGUCACUAUCUAUCUAUCUAUCUAUCUAUCUAUCUAAGUCAGUCUCAUUGUCUGUCUAUAAAGUAUCUAUCUAUCUCAGUUGUUCAUGAUCUCUCGCUCUCUCAAUCCGGCCAUCGAUGUAAUAUCAUUCUCUUCGUUUCUAUCUAUCUAUCUAUCUAUCUAUGUUAUCAUCCUUGUUUUUAUUAA